AUGCCUGAGGGAGCCCGUCGAGGCAGCAAGAAGAAAGCAGGCAGUCAAGUGGCCGCCAGACCAUCCUCCGUGUCCUCGCUGAGCGGGAUCGCUGGCGGCAUGGCCGCCGCUGCCAUCUCGGGCAGCUGCACCUCGGUCAACACGGUGUGCUCGGACGGCGAGCGGCCCGUCAGCCUCAGCUCCUCCGCCUCCUCCGCCUCCCUGCCCGACAGCCAGAGUGCCUUCGGCAGCAGCGGGGCCUUGGGCGGGGGCUGCCCCGCCGGCUACCCGCCCGACGCCCAGCAGAAUGGCAGCGACAUCAGCCUCGAUCUCACCCCGGUGGCGCUGCUGGAGGGGCCGGCCGAGGCCGAGGGGCCCCCGGGGGGCGCCAAGCGUGGCAGUGCCUGGUCCCCCGGACCUGCCAGAGCCAGGGAACGGCGGGUCAAGCUGUCCCAGCUGGACCGGGUGGUGCUGGAGAUUGUGGAGACGGAGCAGGCUUACGUGCGGGACCUGAGGAGCAUCGUGGAGGAUUAUCUUGGCUGUAUCAUAGACAGUGGACAUCUGCCCCUCAAACCCGAGCAAGUGAGCGCUUUGUUCUGCAACAUCGAAGACAUCUAUGAGUUCAACAGCGAGCUCCUGGAAGAGCUGGAGAGCAGCGGCAGCGCCCAUGCCAUCGCUGAGUGCUUCGUGCAACGGAGUGAGGAAUUUGACAUCUACACCCUGUACUGCAUGAACUACCCCAAUUCGGUGUCGGUGCUGCGGGAGUGCAUGGAGAACCAGGUGCUGGCGGGGUUUUUCCGGGAGCGCCAGGCCACGCUGUGCCACUCCCUGCCCCUGGAGACCUACCUGCUGAAACCCGUCCAGAGGAUCCUCAAAUACCAUCUCCUGCUGCAGGAGCUGGCCCGGCACUGCGAGCGGAGCAGCGCGGGCUACGAGGCAGUGGAGGAAGCCACCAUCACCAUGACGGCCGUGGCCUGGUACAUCAACGACAUGAAGCGGAAGCAGGAACACGCCGCCCGGCUGCAGGAGCUCCAGGGGCUGCUGGUGGACUGGAUGGGGCCAGAGCUGGAGGCCUUCGGGGAGCUGGUGCUGGAGGGGCAGUUCCGGGUACAGCGGGUGCGGCGGGAACGCGCCUUCUUCCUCUUCAGCAAGAUGCUGCUGGUCGCCAAGCGCCGCGGGCCGGCCUUCGUCUACAAGAGCCACAUCUUCUGCUGUAACCUGGCCCUGUCGGAGAGUCUCAAGGACCCCCUGAGCUUCAAGAUCUCGGACCUCACCAUCCCCAAGCAGCAGCACGUGGUGCAGGCCAGGAACCAGGAAGAGAAGCGACUGUGGAUCCAUUACCUGAAGCGUCUGAUCGUUGAGAACCACCCGGCGUCUAUCCCUCAGAAGGCCAAGCAAGUGCUGCUGGAGAACAGCUUCCAAAGCUCCCCAGAGAUCCACUGCAGCCCGGAGCCCCUGAAGACGCCGGCCCCCUCUCCAAGGAUGGAGGACGCCUGGGGCUUCCCCCGCGGCAGGCGGCAGUCAGAGCCGCCCAAAUUCAUGUGCAGCCCGGAGAGAGCCCGCAAAAGCUGCCCCGUCGUCCAGCUGGACGGCGCCACUCAGUACCGCCGGGGGCGCAGGCAAUCCGAGCCGGCCACUGAGCUGAGCCAGAUGGGGCAGGAGCAGAACGGUCGCUGUCGGGGGCUCCCAGCCACCCCCAAAUUGAAGCACGCGGGCAGCGAGGGGGAGCUGUUCCCCGCCCCACCGCCACUGGCGCUCUCGGGCAGCGUCUGCACCCUGGACUCCAGCGUGGCCGAGGAGUCAGACCCCGGCGAGGACGCCGAGUCGCCCCCGUUCUGCCUGGCCGAGGAGCCGCUGUCCAUCACCGAGGAGAUCCUGGAGCUGCUCAGCCAGAGGGGGCUGAGCAGGGACCUGGGGACAGAGGAGACGCCCUGGGGGCAGGGGGAGCAGCGCCCUGGGAGCCCCACUCCACAGCCGGAGCAGGAUCCGCCUCUGAGCCGAGCCGUGCUGGGAGAACGAGCCGAGGGAAGCAAGGUUCAGGAGCGAGACGCCGCCGGGCGAGACGAGCCCCGCCGUGGCAGCCUCGGCGUGACGCAACCCCUCCCGCCGCGCCGUCCCCCCUGCAGCGAAUCGGAGAAGGAGCAAAAGCAGGAGCGGGGCCCUUCCCCUCUUUGUGUCCUAGAAGACCUGGGUGCAGAGGAGGCCGCCGGCAAGCCAGAGGUCCUCGCAGGGGAUAAUGCCCUGCGUGCAGGGCGGGAAGUGUCCAGCGGGGAGCUCGGCUCCACCGAUGGGGCCUGCCCCCCGUAUGGGGAUGGGUCAGCGCGGGACUCGCCGCUGACCCGAGACGACCGGCUGCUGAUCGAGAAGAUCAAGUGCUACUACGAGGCGGGCGAGGCUGCCCCAGACCCCCCCGCUCGGGAGGGCGCCCUCUCCGCCCCCGCCGGCGUGGUGCGGGACUCUGUGCUCCACCUCAACUGCCUCCCCCAGCAGGAGGGUGCCACGGACCGUGAGGGGGGCGGGGCUUCUUGGGCCAAGGCCCGCCCUGCCCACCAGGAGGCUGCUAGGAGGAGGUGGGGCCAGUUUCUUGACCAAAACACCACCCCUCAUGACGCCAACCAAGAGGAUUCUGGGAAGGGAGAGGGCCCGGCCUUUGAUCAAGGCACUCAAUUUGGCGCCAACCAAGAGGCCCAAGAGGAUGCUGGGAAGGGACAGGGCCAGCCUAUCAACCCAGACAUCCAUGGCGCCAACCAAGAGGAUGCUGGGAAGGGGCGGGACCAGCUCAUCGAUCAAGGCACCGAAGCUGACGCCAACCAAGAGGAUGCUGGGAAGGGGCGGGGCCAGCCUGCCAGCCAUGUUGCCCGGCCCCCUGCCAGCCAGGAGCCCGAGUACAAGUCGUGUGCGGAGAUCCGGCGGGCCUGGCGGGAGAAAGAGCGGGGGGCGGCGGACGCCCUGGGAGCACGCACCCCCCGCAUGAAGCAGGGCAGCAAAGGGCCGGCGGCCGCCCGCGAGCCCCCACCGUUCCUGGAGCCCCUGUGGAUUGUGGAGGAAUCGGAUCUGGCUGCCCCGCCCCGGCUGCCCCGUGGCGACGGGGUCCCUCGUGCCGAUGGUGUCCCGCCCGCCGGCUACGCCCCCCUGCCAGGGCUGUACGAGGACACUGCCCCUUGCCUGCUGGAGAACUCGGAGCGGAUCCUCAGCAAGGUGCAAGCCCUGGCGCGGAUGUACAGCGAGAAGAUCAGCCGGGCCAAGACGGCCCGGAGGCCGCAGGACGGGCCGCGCCGCCCGGCCCCCAGCAGGAUGGGCACCCUGGAAAGCCUGCGGGAGGAGAUGCCAGGGCCCUGCCUCCCUCGCUGCGAGCCCCGGCUUUACGGCCAUGUGCUCAUCCGCGAGCCCCCCCUGCACGUGAACUGCGUCCAGGAGAACGUGCUGCUGGUGGCCGCCACCCGAGGGAACGCCCUGGAUCUGCGCAGCGACCGGCCUGCACCUCUCCUGGCUUCCCGGUGCCUGGGUUCGCCCCCGGCAGAGGAGCCGGGAGCCGCCCGGCAGGAGCCUCCCCCCCCGCUGGUGGAAUCGCCCCCGAAGCUCAGCGGGGACCCCCCGAGCCCAGGCGAUCCGGUUGGGGAAGGCCCCGUCAUGGGCAGCUCUCCCCCGCCGGCUCCUGACGCUACCAGUGGAACUGGCACGACACCCGAAGCCAGGGACUUUGAGGGAGCCGGGUGCCCGUCGGUGCCAGGCUGCCGAGCCGGGCUGGCAGGCGCAGAGCUGGUGGUCUGCGGGCGCCGGGGUGAGCCAAGCGCCAGGGAGGUUUCUGCGGAGACGGCAGCCUCCUCUCCCUUCUGGGAAGCGGCCCCGAGCCAGCAGGCGUCGGAGGUGGCCGGGCUGGUCCCAGCCGCCUCCCCCAGCCCUGCGGCGGAAUGGCAGCCUGCGUGUGUCGGCAUGUCCGCCGAGCCCGACCCGCUGGGGCCGGGCCCCUCCAUCCCUGGCGCUGGCCCCCCGGAGCCGGCGGGGGAGCAGAGCGGGCCCGUCGCCGUCCUGCUGCCAGAGGAGCACGCCCUGGCUUUGGCCAGGGAUUCCCGGCCUGGCACUGAGGAGCUGCUCCCCCAGCCAUCGCCGGGGCCCGUCCGCUGCGGGACUGGAGAGGCGUCCCUGUCUCCCGCGCCGGACUCCGUCCCGCCGGCGGCACCCUCCGGUGCUGCGGGAUCCCCGUCUCCGCUCCACAGCAACGUCCUGCCCCUGGCAGCUCUGCCGUCCCGGGGCACCCGCCUGCCUUCCCGGGCCACGGGAGUGGCACGCCCGUCCCCGGAGCUGUCCUCGGCUGCAGCUGCCCAGCCCAGCCGCUCCGUGGCCCGGUCGGCUCCCGCUUCGCCCAGCUCCGGCCCCCUCCCGGCUCUGCCGCGCCUCCAGACCUCCUCCCCGGCACACCGGCGCCUCUCCUCCAGCGCCGCGGCCAUCUCCAGGUACAUCGCCGCCUCCUGCAUCAGCCAGAGCCUGGCCAAGAGAAAUGGUGCCCCCUCGGGGCCACCUGGCACCCAGCCACCGCUGGCAGAGACCUCGGCACCCACCAGGCCUCUGCCUCCCUGCUCAGCCAUCCCGAGACCGUCCUCCUGCCCCUUGGGACCACCUGGCACCCAGCCUCCUGCAGCAGAGACUCCAGCACCCACCAGGCCUCUGCCUGCUUGCUCAGCCAUCCCGAGAUCAUCCUGCCCCUUGGGGCCACCUGGCACCCAGUCUCCGUUGACAGAGACCCCGGCACCCACCAGGCCUUUGCCUCCUUGCGCAGCCGUCCCAAGACUGCCCCCCUGCCUCUUGGGCUCCAGAGCCCCAGCCCCCCCGUCUGCUCCAUUCCCCAGUGAGAAGGCCAACGCCUGGUCCCAUGGUACCAGCACGCGGGACCCUUCCCAGCUCAGCGUCUGCCCUUCCCCCUGUGCCAGCCCUGGGUCGCCCUCUCCCCCGGGCUGUUGCCGCGAUUCCAGCUGGCUGGGGGAGCCCAUCCCCUUGGCGGCUGGCUCGGCCGUGCUGCUGGCCUUCGACCGUCUCUCGGGGACGUGCCCGGUCCCCCAGGCUAAGCAGCCCGCCCCCUUCUCCUCCGCUUCAGAGCCCAGCUCCAGGGUCCAGUCUCCAGCGCCGGCGUGCCCCCGGGUGUGCUCCCCCCCUCCCUCCAGCCAGCGCCACGCAGUGGGAAGAGCUGGCUGCGCCGCCCCACGGCCUUGCUCCUUCGCCCCCUUGCACGUCCCCACCCAGCCUUCCACCCUCCGCCUCUCCUCCCCCCUGCAGCCCACCUCCCAUCCCUCCGCCACGUUACCUCAGCCAGGCAGGAGGCCGAGGGGAAACCCCGAGAGCCCCCCGUCCCCUAGAGACGGAGACAGGGCGGGGUGCUGCUCCGGGGCGCCCCCUAGCAACUCAGCCAGUCCCAGUCCCGACGAACUGGAUGGCAUCAAGUGGCCAGACGUCCCCGGCUUGCGUUCCAGGUAUGCUGGCCGGGCGGGCAGCAUGGGACCGCCAGGCUCGCCAGAGGAGUACCCCAAAGCGAGAGCGGACUUGGCUCGGGACACGGGACCCCAUCGGGCCAGCUACUCCACCACCGUCAACAUCCAGAUCGGGGGCAGCGGCCGGAUCGCCUCCUUCAGCAACGCUCAGGUCAGCCUCACCCACCCGCUGCUGGCGGCGCCCGGGCAGCACGGCGCUAGGCGGAUCAACGGCAGCACCUUAGAGACCCCGCAGAAAACGUGA